AUGAGCGAAACAGAGAAAUCCUGCAUGGUUCUUCUCAACUCCAUCUAUCUCACAGAAUACAAAGCACAAUUACCGAGGCCUGUACAAGGCACCUGCAGCUGGGUUCUCAAGCACCCUGCAUAUCUGGCCUGGCUAGGAGCCAAGGAAACAAGAUUACUCUGGAUCACAGGCGAACCGGGCUGUGGCAAAACGAUGAUCUCGGCUUAUUUGACCGAUCAUCUAAGACUGAAUGAGGCUACCGGCCCCAAACCUAAAGUCUUCUUCUUUUUCUACGACGACAAAAUCAAAGCGCAGCGAGAUGCAAACGCCAUAUUUCGAGGCAUUCUUUACCAAAUCGUAAAACAACAUCGAAAGCUCAUCAGGCACGUAAAGAGUCGAUUCGAACUGGAUGGGCCCAGUCUCGCAAUCUCAUUUCCCGCACUUUGGGAGCUCUUUUUGAAAGUAGUUGCUGAAUCGACACCGGGCACUGUCGGAGUCAUAGUGGAUGCAAUUGACGAGUGUGAAAUCAGGACCCGCAAUAGCUUCCUUAAGGCCGUGAAUCAGUUGGUAAACGAGCGCAAGGAAACACAUCAACGAGACCGCAACUGCAUCAAGUUUCUGAUUACCAGCCACCCUUCGCUUGAUAAUUCGCAUCAUCUCACGGAGAUGAUGGAAAACAGACUACCAAUCGAGCAAAACCAAGUCGUGGUCGGCGAUGACGUGAGGUUGGUCAUUCGAAGCAGGAUUGGCGAAAUUGCGAAUAAAUUCCAGUGCGACAACGAGAUUAAGCAAUAUCUGGAAGAAAGGCUUUACACAAAGUCUGACCAGAGUUUUCUCUGGUUGAGCAUGAUACUUCAAAGUCUUGAAAGAAGCCCAAGGGCAUUAAAGAGAGACUUUGAGAAAAUUAUUAACACAUUUCCUUAA